UCAAAAUUUUAUUCACUUAUUUUUGUAGUUGUUCAUGGCUAUCUCAAGAAAGCUAUUUAAGCCCGUUUCUCUUUUGCUCCUAAUUUACAUAGUAGUUGCCGUACCACCUCGCGUGGAAGCGGCAAUUACGUGUAGCACGGUGCUGAACAGCCUAAUUCCGUGCCUUAGCUACGUAGUCAAAGGUGGCAAGGUGCCACCAACUUGCUGUAGAGGGAUCAAGUCCCUCUACGGUAUCGCCAAAAGCAAGGCGGACCGUCAGGGCAUUUGCUCGUGCUUGAAAAUUGCUGCCUCAAGUGUUAGUGGUAUCAAUUUUAAGAAUGCUGCUGCCCUCCCGGGAAAGUGUGGGGUGAAAAAUAUUCCCUUUAAGAUUAGUCCUAAAGCUGAUUGCUCAAAGGUGAGAUGAAGGACGAACUAUGCAUACGAUAUAAGUG